AUGGCCCUGGUGCGGGGUACCGAGCCGGCGGCGGGGCCCUCCCGCUGGCUACCCACGCACGUCCAGGUGACGGUGCUGCGGGCCCGCGGGCUGCGGGGCAAGAGCUCGGGCGCGGGCAGCACCAGCGACGCGUACACGGUGAUCCAGGUGGGCCGCGAGAAGUACAGCACGUCGGUGGUGGAGAAGACGCCGGGAUGUCCCGAGUGGCGCGAGGAGUGCUCCUUCGAGCUGCCGCCCGGAGCCCUGGACGGCCUGCUACGGGCGCAGGAGGCCGAUGCGGGCCCGGCGCCCUGGGCCGCGGGCUCAGCCGCCGCCUGCCAGCUGGUGCUCACCACCAUGCACCGUUCGCUCAUCGGCGUCGACAAAUUCCUGGGCCAGGCCACGGUGGCGCUGGAUGAGGUCUUCGGCGCAGGCCGCGCCCAGCACACUCAGUGGUACAAGCUGCACUCGAAGGCGGGCAAGAAGGAGAAGGAGCGCGGGGAGAUCCAGGUGACCAUCCAGUUCACGCGCAACAACCUCAGCGCCAGCAUGUUCGACCUGUCUGUGAAGGACAAGCCACGGUCCCCCUUCAGUAAGAUCAAGGACAAGAUGAAAGGCAAGAAGAAGUAUGACCUGGAGUCUGCCUCUGCCAUCCUCCCCAGCAGCGCCCUGGAAGACCCCGAGCUGGGCAGCCUGGGCAAGAUGGGCAAAGCCAAAGGCUUCUUCCUCCGCAACAAGCUGCGCAAGUCCUCGUUGACCCAGUCCAACACCUCGCUGGGCUCGGACAGCACUCUGUCCUCGGCCAGCGGGAGCCUGGCCUACCAGGGCCCCGGCGCCGAGCUGCUCACCCGCUCGCCCAGCCGCAGCAGCUGGCUGUCCUCAGAAGGGGGCCGGGACUCUGCACAGUCCCCCAAGUUGCUCACCCACAAACGGACCUACAGUGAUGAGGCCAGCCAGAUGCGGGCGGCGCCUCCCCGGGCUCUUCUUGACCUUCAGGGCCAUCUCGACGGGGCCUCGCGCUCCUCUCUCUGUGUCAACGGGAGCCACGUAUACAACGAGGAGCCCCCGGCGCCCCCACGGCAUCGCAGUUCCAUCUCGGGCCCGUUUCCACCCUCCAGCUCCCUGCAUGCUGGCUCUUCCCGGCCCUCCGAGGAGGGGCCACGGUCUGCGGACGACUCCUGGGCCCGAGGCAGCCGCCGCCCCAGCAGCUCUGAGGCAGCGCCUGGACAGGAGGAGCUGAGCUCACAGGCCAGAGUGUUGGCCGCAGGGGCCCGCCGCUCUGGAGAGGAGGAGGGGGCCCGGCCCUCAGAGGGGAGGCCGGUGCAGGUCGCCACCCCCAUGGUGGCCUCCUCUGAGGCUGCGGUGGAGAAAGAGGGAGCUCGGAAGGAGGAGCGGAAGCCCCGGAUGGGCCUUUUCCACCAUCACCACCAGGGGCUGAGUCGGAGUGAGAUGGGGCGCCGAGGCUCUCUGGGGGAGAAGGGGGGCCCCACUCUGGGAGCCUCCCCCCAUCACUCGUCCAGUGGGGAGGAAAAGGCCAAAAGUAGCUGGUUUGGCUUGAGAGAAGCCAAGGAACCAUCCCAGAAACCCAGCCUGGACGUGUCUCCUCAGGUAGAAUCUGACCUGGCUGCGCUGCCUCACCACCACCCCUGCCCCCCCUGUGCUCCGGCCCCCCCCACCGCCCCCCUGCUAAGCACUAACCUUUGUGCAGCCUCCUCCCCUGCCGCUGCCGCUGCCGCUGCCGCCGCCACCCCCGAGGCCACCCCGUCUGGACUCUCGGGUCUCACCAACCCGUUCCUCACCUCCCUGCAGAGCAACCCUUUCUUCGAGGAACUCAUAGCCGACAUAGCACUAAACUCUCCUUCACCUGCUCCCUCUCUCCCCAGUGCCUCGAGGGCCAACCCCACCCCCCUGGCCUCCCCUGGGAAAGCCCCGCCUGAGUGGGACGACACCUUCAACAUCUUUGCUGCCAGCAGGCUGCGUCCAGAGGCCAGGAGUGAGAUCCUGGCCCCACCAGGAGCGGGGCUGGAGGCGAUUGGGUUGCAAGACCCAGGCCCCGGGGCCAUGACAAUGAAGGCAGCUGAGCCCCAGGGGGACCCUGGGGGAGGAGAAAGAGGUGGGAGCAGCAUGUGGCCGGAGCCCAGAGUUCCUCUGGACUUGGGACUGGACUGUCCGAGCACGAGUGUGGCUGACCCACAGCCCCUAGGGUCAGAAGGGGCCUGUCUGCCCCCCUCGUCAGCCCAGCUGUACCCGGGAGCCUCAACCUCCGGAGCAGACAGGGAGUUGCCGGCCCCAGGAGGGGAAGCAGGGCAGAGUCCGGCAGACAGCGCGACAUCUCUCUUUAGCUCCCCAGAAGUGAUCAGCGUGUGGGAGAGGCUGCCUGGCCCAGACGGCGCCCCUGAGGCCCACCAGGACGAGGCGACCUGCCGAGGUGGAAGCCAGCCCUUCCACGAGCUCGAUACCGUGGAUGAUUCCUGGCCGUGGGAUGUGGUCACCGUUUCUCCUGCGGCGGAGACUACCUCACCGGUCCUGCAGGGAGGGUCGUCUGAUGAGCUGCCUCCUCCUCCCCAGAUGCAGCCACGGUCACCAGAACCUGUGAGCCCCCAGAGGAGCGGGGGGCUGCCCCCCCUGGAGCCAGACUCAGAGCCCAAGCCCGAGUGGGAGUUAGACCAGGGGCUGCAGCCCCAGACACCGCCUCCCAAGCCACCGCGUCUCUUCACCCCCUCAGAUUCCCAGGAGAAGGAGGUGGCGGCAGCAGAGGAAGAGAAGAAGGCAGAGGCGGUGGAGGAGGAGGAGGCGGUAGGGGGGCUGAGUCGCAGGGGGUCAGAGACGGGAGAAGAAGAUGUCAUCCCAAGUGCACCCGUCGCUGGUCCCCAGGAGGCCGAGCCGGGGGAGGAGGCCCAGAAGCCCGAGCUGGAGUCUGACAGCCAUUCCUCUGGAGCCGCGCAGGGUGGGCCAGGCCCAGAAGAUCUAGCAGAGGAUGCCAGCCCUCCCGUGGUGUCCGGGCCCUGCCUCUCUGUGCCCGCCAGCUGCCCUCAGGGCCCUGCCCCCACACCCCAUUACUCAGAGAGCUUGGCUCUUCAGAGUCAGCAGAUGUGGGGGACUCCAAAGAGAGAAGACCCUGAGGCCCAGAGCCAGGAUCCGGUAGGAGAGGGGCCUGGGCUCCCGUCAGGCAGCCGCCGACAGGCUGACUUACGGCUCUCAGAGGAGGAUGCCUUGAACCCCUUCACGCCUCAGGGGAGCCAGGAUCCCCCCAGCCUCCCAUCCACAUCCCCUCCAGGGCCCAGGGCAUCUUCCGUCUGCUCUGGUCCAGAAGAGCUGCCCACCCCGCCAGAACCUGCCUCCCCACCACCCCCUCUCCUGCCCGGGGCCAGCCACCGCCACGGGGGCCCCAGCCCUCCGUGUUCUCCCCUGCCUGGAGCCUGGGCCUUGACCUCUUCCCCCCUACCCCCCGGGGAGCCAGCCUCCCCCACUGGGAGCUCCCCCACCCCACUUGGGGAGGACCACGCUGCAGGCACCCCAGCCUCCCCGCUUGCGCUUCUGCCCUUGGAGACACGACCAGCUGAGGAGACACGACCAGCUGAGGAGCCACAGCCCAGUGCCAGUCCCCACCCUGUGAAGCCCCUCAGCACUGCCCCCGCGGAGGGGAGCCCUGACCGGAAGCAGUCCCGCUCCAGUCUGAGCACGGCCCUGAGCAGCGGGCUGGAGAAGCUCAAGACGGUCACCUCCGGCAGCAUUCAGCCUGUGGCGCCAGCCCCCCAGGUUGGCCAGACUGCGGACGCCAAGAGGCUGAAGGACUCCGGUGUGCUGGACCAGUCGGCCAAAUACUACCACCUGACCCACGACGAGCUCAUCGGCCUGCUCCUGCAGCGGGAGCGGGAGCUGAGCCAGCGGGACGAGCACGUGCAGGAGCUGGAGAGCUACAUCGACCGGCUGCUGGUGCGGAUCAUGGAGAGCUCGCCCACGCUGCUGCAGAUCCCCCCCGCCCCCCCCAAGUAG